GUCUUCUUGACAGAUGCAAAGGAAUAAUGUGUGUGCAAAAUCUGACAUAUCGUGGCGUGGUGGGGAUGAUGCUGUGUCAGAUCUGCUGCACAUCCCACGACUUCCCUCCCAAAAGAUAGUCGAUUCACGGGAAAACCAGAAGGUCCUGCUAAUGUUCCAUCAGCUGAGCUUCUAGCUGUUACCCCACCAGGUGGUCCUCGCUUCAACAUCAUGCUGCACCUUACCCUGCUCCUCCAUCUCCUGGUCCUCCCUCUCUGCUUUGCAGAUGCAUCAACGCAUGGGGAGUUACCUGACUUUUAUAGAGAUGAAGCCACAGGUUACGGGCCAGUGUUUGAGGAGCAGCCGGUGGAAACCAUCUACCCGGAGGAGUCGCCCGAGGCAAAAAUCACCAUGAGCUGCCGGGCCCGGGCCAACCCACCUGCCACAUACAAGUGGAUGCUGGAAGGCAGGGACAUUGACAUGAAAGCACAAAGCAGUCACUACAGAUUAGUAGGAGGCAACCUAGUCAUCAGCAAUCCCAUAAAAACCGAACAUGUAGGAGAGUACUUGUGUUUGGCUAGCAACCUGCACGGCACGAUCAUCAGCCGAAAAGCCUCAGUCCAGUUCGGAUACCUGGAUCUGUUCUCGUCGGAGGAGAGGGAGUCGGUGCACGUCAAAGAGGGGCAGGGGGCCGUGUUGCUCUGCGCCCCCCCACCACAUUAUCCAGCCGAGCUGUCGUUCCGAUGGAUCCUCAAUGAAUUCCCCACCUUCAUCCCGCUGGACAAGAGGCGUUUUGUCUCCCAGAUAACGGGUAACCUCUAUAUCUCCAAGGUGGACUCCUCCGACAGCGGCAACUACUCCUGCAUCGCCUCCAGCCAGUCCAUUUCCAAAAGCGUUUUCUCCAACUACAUCCCACUCGUACCUCUGGCUGAACGUCCCAUCAGGAAAUACCCAGCUGACCUCAAAGUCAAGUUCCCAGACACCAUUGCUUUGGUGCGGCACAACAUCACAUUGGAAUGCUUCGCUUUGGGGAACCCCGUCCCUGAGAUCCGCUGGAAGAAGUUAGACGGACAGAUGCCGCCCAAUCACGAGGUGCGGAUGGCGGGGGCUCAUCUGCACCUGUACAACGUGCAGUUUGAAGACGGAGGCAGCUAUCAGUGUGAGGCAGUGAACUCCAGAGGAAAGGACUACCACGCUGCACGUCUGUCUGUAGAAGCGUUUCCUGAGUGGGUGCAGCACAUCAGCAGCUCAGAGAAAGACCUCGGUAGGGAUUACACCAUGUCCUGCAAAGCAAGCGGCAAACCUGAACCAAGCAUUCGUUGGCUGAUAAAUGGAGAACCGUCCAACAGGAAAGACAUGAGGUUCAGCAGCUUGGCGUUUGGUAAUUCAGGGAUGUACCAGUGCAUUGCAGAGAAUCACCACGGGAUCAUAUAUGCCAACGCAGAGCUGCGAGUGUAUGCGUGUGCUCCCACAUUUAAACACAACCCAUUGAAGGACUUGAUGGCACCUAAAAAUGGCCGUGUGGUGAUUGAAUGUCGACCAAAAGCGGCUCCAAAGCCCACCUUCUCCUGGAGCAAAGGCACCGAGCUGCUCUCCAACUCUACCAGGGUGUUCAUCUUGGAGGAUGGGAGCCUGGAGAUCCUCAACGUGACGAGGGCAGAUAAAGGACGCUACACCUGCUUUGCCGAGAACGACCGGGGCAAGGCCAACAGCACGGGGGAUCUGUUGGUCACAGAUUCCACUAAGAUCACGUUGGCACCGGCCAAUGCUGACGUCAAAGUGGGUGAGACCAUCGCGAUGCAGUGUGCAGCGUCACAUGACACCACUCUUGACAUCACCUUCGUCUGGUCCCUGGAUGGCCGGGUCAUUGACCUACAUAAGGAAAGCCAACAUUAUGAACGCACCCUGAAUGGAAGUUCAAACGGUGAGCUGCUGAUUAAGAACGUCCAUCUGAAGCACACUGGACGCUACACCUGCACUGCCCAGACCCCCAUCGACAACAUGACCGCCUCGGCCCACCUGGUUGUCAGGGGUCCCCCCGGAGCCCCAGGUGGGGUGCGAGUGAUGAACAAAACUGACAAGAGUGUAAUGUUGCAGUGGAGCCGCGGCGCAGACAACCAUAACCCCAUCACCAAAUAUACCAUCCAGUACAGGGACUCCUUCUCAAAGGAUGUCUGGAAGAAUGCCACUACAUCUCCUGCAGAUGUAGAAGGGAAUACAGAGAUGACCACAGUGGCGGAUCUGAUCCCCUGGAUUGAGUACGAGUUCAGAGUGAUCGCCACCAGCACCUUGGGCACAGGAGAGCCAAGCAGCCCAUCACAUAAAGAGAAAACGCUGGAAGCAAUUCCUGUGGUGGCGCCCUCUGAUGUGGGCGGUGGCGGAGGGACCAGCAGAGAGCUGACCAUCACGUGGACGCCUGUACAGCCGCAGUACUACUAUGGGUCUAACUUUGGCUACAUUGUGGCCUUCAAACCACACGACGGAGCGGAGUGGAUGCGGGUGACGCUGGCCGACCCCCAGGCCAAGCACUACGUCCACAAAGACGCCGCCAUCCCUGCAUCCACGGAGUUUCAGGUCAAGGUCAAAGCGUUCAACAGCAGAGGAGAGGGACCCUUCAGCCUAACAGCCAGCAUUUACUCUGCACAGGACGCUCCAUCUGAAGCUCCUGUCAUUGUGGAUGGCAAAUCUCUCUCUGCCACAGAAGGCACCGUGCGCUGGCUGCAUCUCGCACAGAGCAAUAUAGACGGAUACCAGGUGAAGUACUGGAGGAGUGAAGAGGACAGUGAGGGGGGGGCCCAGAGGGUGGUGGUCAGCGCCAAUGAGAACAGCACCAGGCUGGAGGGCAUGAAGCCCUUCUCCUACUACCUGGUGGAGGUCCGGGCGUACAACUCUGCAGGAUUUGGGCCGGCCAGCGAGCCCUUCCAGAUCCUCACCAAGAGACCCCCUCCAAGUCGAGCUCCCAAAAUAAUUGGGAAAAAGAUUAAAGGCGACAAAUUGAAUAUCUCCUGGGAAAUGGUGGAACCGAUUGGUAACGAGGCGUCGAUAAAUGGUUAUAAAGUGCUGUACAGGCGGCAGGGGCACACCGAGAAUAAGCUGUUCGUAACCAACAAGGAGUACAUCAACCUCCCCCUGCCCGAGGGGGGGAACUGGGUGGUGGAGGUCCGGGCGUUCACAGAGGGGGGGGAUGGGGCCGUGUCACAAAUCUACGUCACAGGUGGGGGGGUCCUGGCCGCCCCGGCUCUCAGCCUCCUCUCCCUGCUCCUGCUGGCCCUCCUCUGCCUGAACCUCUGAAUGUAGCGCCAUCUUUGUCCUUCGUGAAGGAGACUCUUUACGGUUGACGCCUAUAGGGACUUUGGGACUAUUUCCACUAUCUUUUGGUUCCACCCCGUAACCCCCAGGACGUUAUAUAUUCCAACUCCUGCCCUCUGGGAUAUGUUUGUGGAAAUAUACACAGAAAUGGAAGAAUUGGACAAAGACAUCCCUUAUGUAUCCAUAAAAAGCCUCUUUGGAGGGGUGUCAAAAGAGUCAACUUAAAUAUGCCUUAUAUAAACGACUGCACUUAUCUUUCACAAUGACUUGUUUUAAAAUGGAUCAUGACUGGAAGUGUGAGCAUUACACUUUAUGUUGGCUGUUAAGUCUUUUUACAUCAUGAAGCCGACCUUUCUUAUAUGCUGUAGAUAAAAACGCUGUUGGUUCAGAAAUGUGGGCUUCAUUUGAUUUAGGAUAUUUUAGAAAAUCUAUCCCACAGCGCAUUCCAUAGUAUAAGGUAAACAAGUAGCUGUGAAGGAUAAGUGUAUUCGUUUAUAAAAAUGUCUUUAUGUCUUUCUUUACUUGCAGUUCAGUGGUAUUUUCUUUUUUAAAUGAAGCACACCCUUACAAAGAUACAGUCAAAGCGAAUCUCAUUAUUUCAUACUUGAUUCUUAUUGACAAACAUAGAGAAACAAGCUAUGUCAUGCUGAAAUAAUGUAUCCAAUAAUUGAUAUUGUUUUUUAAUCUAAUAUGCAAUAUCAAUUGAUAGAAAACCACUGUCAAAACUGUGUGCAUGUCAACAUUGUUACAUGGAAGAAGAGUUAAAAAAGUGUUUAAAAGUGUGUUGGAGUUUAGCGAAAUGGAUCCAUAUUAAAAAAACGAUGUACACCAUACUGUCGGAGCAGGAAGUGAACCGAACAACAUAUCAGACAUCCUGUGUCCAAUUUAAAACUUCAGCAGAAGACUGUGGUUAUUUUUAUUGCCGGCCACCUCUAGUAUAUUUGUAAAACGGUGCAGUGAUCAAGGCUUUGCCACAACAUCUGGGUCAUUGUUGAAUUGACUAAAAAAACACUUUUGUUUUGACUGUAUCAUUAGGACCUCAGUGGUACCAGCGGGUGCUUUGUAAAGAAUGUUGGCAUUUUAUUUUGUGUAAUCAUUUUCAUUUCAUCUCACUCGCUUAUGGCUUUGUGUGAGAGUCACUAUUAACAGUUAUAGUGUAAAGGUAGCGACGCUCAUGCCCUCCAAUAAUUGUGCAAUGUACGAUUCAUCUGUGGCUACUUUAUCUUUUCUAAUAAGACAACUUGCCUAGCUCCUUUAACAGUAAUCUUGUAUAUAUAAUUUUUCAUUAUCUGGCAUUAGCAGACGAAAAGCAAAGCCAUCCAUGUCAGUGGAGCCCAUCAAAAUCUCAUGACGUUGUUUCCACUGAACCGUUUUUGUCUUUUUAUUAACAUGUGAUCAGAGAUAUAUAAACAUUAUCAACUGUU